UUUUUUCAUUGUAAGGAAUUAUUUUGACUGCCAUUUCUCCUUUUCCAUUCCCUUUCAUUUUCAUCUUCAUUCCCUUUUUUUUUUUCUCUCUCUCUCUCUCUCUCUAUUUUUCGGCGAGUACAGCAAUUCUACUCUUCUCCGAUUAGGGUUUCAUCUUUCAUUCUGUUGGAAAAAUGGUGAGGAAAAAGAGAAGCGAACAAUCUGCUGGAGGAGAGAGCUCCUACUCUCAGCAAGGUGGAAGAGGUGGAGGUGGCCAAACAGGGCCUGCGGGUGGAAACCCAGGUGGUGGAAGAGGUGGUGGGCAAACAGGGCCUCCACAAGCUGGUGGUGGAAGAGGUUGGGUACCUCAGGGACAAGGAGGUCGUGGAGGAUAUGGAGGUCGUGGUGGUAGCCAGCAAGGUGGGAUGAGCUCACAACAAUCUGGUGGACCUGUUGAGUACCAGGGCAGAGGUGCUCAGCAGCAUCCACGUGGUGGGGCUCCACCUCAGCGCCGUGGUGGUGGUGGCCGUGGUGGCCGUGGCGGACCCGCUGGCGGACCCUUCCACACAUCAGUUUCCGAGCUGCACCAAGCUACCCAGGGUUCAUACCAACCUGGGGCUCUGCCUCCUCAAGCAAUGACUUCUGGUAAGCCAGUGGAACAGGCUGAGGCCAGUUCUGCUGUGUCCCCUGUGCAGACUGGGCCAUCGCAGGUUCAGCAACAGUUUGAGCAACUGUCUGUUCAGGAGUCAUCUUCUCAGGCUAUACAGCCUCUGCCUGCUAGUAGCAAGUCAGUGAGGUUUCCUCUCCGACCUGGCAAGGGGAGUACCGGUACGAGGUGUAUUGUGAAAGCAAAUCACUUCUUUGCUGAAUUACCUGAUAAGGAUUUGCACCAAUAUGAUGUCUCUAUUACCCCAGAGGUUGCAUCACGGGGUGUGAAUCGAGCUGUUAUGGAGCAAUUGGUGAGGUUGUACAGAGAAUCUCAUCUUGGAAGGCGGCUUCCUGCUUAUGAUGGAAGAAAAAGUCUCUACACUGCAGGGCCUCUUCCAUUUACUAUUAAAGAUUUUAAGAUUACGCUUGUUAAUGAGGAUGAUGGGACUGGGGCACCAAGGAGAGAAAGGGAAUUUAAAGUUGUAAUCAAGCUGGCUGCACGAGUGGAUUUGCAUCAUUUAGGCAUGUUUUUGCAAGGCAGGCAGGCAGAUGCACCUCAAGAAGCUCUUCAGGUUCUUGACAUUGUACUGCGUGAACUGCCAACUUCUCGGUACUCGCCGGUAGGCCGUUCAUUUUAUUCACCUGAUCUUGGAAGGAGGCAACCCCUUGGGGAUGGUUUGGAAAGCUGGCGUGGAUUCUAUCAAAGUAUCCGUCCUACUCAGAUGGGUCUAUCCUUGAAUAUAGAUAUGUCUUCUACUGCCUUCAUUGAGCCGUUGCCUGUCAUUGACUUUGUGACCCAGCUGCUGAACCGGGAUGUCACAUCUAGGCCAUUGUCCGAUUCCGACCGAGUCAAGAUCAAGAAGGCUCUGAGAGGGGUGAAGGUUGAAGUUACACAUCGAGGAAAUAUGCGUAGAAAAUACAGAAUAUCUGGACUAACAUCUCAAGCAACUAGGGAGCUCACUUUCCCUGUUGAUGAAAGGGGGACAAUGAAGUCGGUAGUGGAAUACUUCUAUGAGACCUAUGGUUUUGUGAUUCAACACACACAAUGGCCAUGCCUACAGGUUGGAAAUCAGCAGAGGCCAAAUUAUUUGCCCAUGGAGGUUUGUAAGAUUGUUGAGGGACAACGAUAUUCCAAAAGGUUGAAUGAAAGGCAAAUCACGGCUUUGUUGAAGGUGACUUGUCAGCGUCCUCAGGAAAGAGAGCGCGAUAUUGUCCAGACUGUCCAUCACAAUGCAUACCAUGCUGAUCCUUAUGCUCAAGAGUUUGGCAUUAGAAUUGAUGAGAGGCUUGCUAGUGUUGAAGCACGUGUUCUUCCUGCUCCUUGGCUCAAAUACCAUGACAGCGGUAGGGAGAAGAACUGUCUGCCACAAGUUGGCCAAUGGAAUAUGAUGAAUAAGAAAAUGGUUAAUGGUGGAAAGGUGAACAACUGGAUAUGCAUCAAUUUUUCUCGCAACGUGCAAGAUGGAGUUGCUCGCAGUUUUUGCUCUGAGCUUGCCCAAAUGUGUCAUAUUUCUGGCAUGGUCUACAAUCCAGAACCAGUGCUACAAGUUCUCACUGCUCGUCCAGAUCAAGUUGAGAAGGCUUUGAAGACUCGAUACCAUGAUGCCAUGACAAAAUUGCAGCCACAGAACAAAGAGCUAGACCUGCUUAUUGUCAUUCUCCCCGAUAAUAAUGGCUCUCUCUAUGGUGAUCUGAAACGGAUUUGUGAAACCGAGCUUGGUAUUGUGUCACAGUGCUGUUUGACAAAACAUGUGUUUAAGAUGAGUAAGCAAUAUUUGGCAAAUGUUGCUUUAAAAAUUAAUGUGAAGGUUGGUGGAAGGAAUACAGUACUUGUCGAUGCAUUGUCAAGGCGCAUACCUCUUGUUAGUGAUAGGCCAACCAUUAUAUUUGGUGCGGAUGUCACUCACCCUCACCCGGGAGAAGACUCAAGUCCAUCCAUUGCCGCUGUUGUUGCCUCUCAAGAUUGGCCUGAGGUCACAAAGUAUGCUGGUCUUGUUUCUGCACAAGCUCAUCGCCAGGAGUUGAUCCAAGAUCUGUACAAAACCUGGAAUGAUCCCAGUAGGGGCCCUGUUACUGGUGGAAUGAUAAAGGAACUCCUUAUUUCUUUCCGUAAGUCAACAGGCCAUAAGCCACUGCGUAUCAUAUUCUACAGGGAUGGUGUCAGUGAAGGUCAAUUUUAUCAAGUGUUGCUGUAUGAACUUGAUGCUAUUAGAAAGGCAUGUGCUUCCUUGGAGCCGAAUUAUCAACCUCCUGUGACGUUUGUUGUGGUUCAAAAGCGUCAUCAUACAAGAUUGUUUGCCAAUAAUCAUCAUGACAGAAAUUCAGUUGAUAGGAGUGGCAACAUAUUACCCGGUACAGUUGUUGAUUCUAAGAUUUGUCACCCAACUGAAUUUGACUUUUACUUGUGUAGCCAUGCUGGCAUUCAGGGUACUAGUAGGCCUGCUCAUUACCAUGUUUUAUGGGAUGAAAAUAACUUCACAGCUGAUGAGUUACAGUCUUUAACAAAUAAUCUGUGUUAUACGUAUGCAAGGUGUACUCGAUCUGUUUCAGUUGUUCCGCCGGCAUAUUAUGCCCAUCUAGCUGCAUUUCGUGCUCGUUUCUAUAUGGAGCCAGAGACAUCGGAUAGUGGCUCAAUGACAAGUGGUGCUGCUGCUGGUCGUGGAGGGAUGGCUGCUGCUGGAGGUCGAAGUACAAGGCUACCUACUACUAAUGCUGCUGUGCGUCCUCUGCCGGUUCUGAAAGAGAACGUGAAGAAAGUCAUGUUCUACUGCUGAUAUUGACAAGUCUUCCGUGUGUGGUUUGUGCUGUAAGGACUCGAUUAUGUUAUGAAUGUUGCUUGUAUUUGGCACUGGUGUGAUGUUAAGCAUUUGUGUGUUCUGUAUUCUGCUUGUUGCUUAAGUGUGCCACUUUUUUAUUUAUUUAGUAUUAACUUGGUUGAACUAUUUAUUGCGGGAGUAUUCGGUGUUGUAAAAUGAAUAUGGUUGUAUUAUUUGCCCUUAUUUUCAUGUACUUUUAUGAGAUACCUUUGUAUUGUUGUUAA